AAUAUAUAGGUUUUUAUGAGGCAUAAUAUUUUACAUCAUUUAUUUCGGCGCUCUCAAAUACCUCUAAAACUUCCUUGGUCUUCAUGUCCUGUUACGGUUAACCCCCUUGAUUUGACCAUUUCUCUUAUUUGGUCUCAACAUCGGCCACUUGCAUUAUUUCAUCAAAAUCAGAAAAUACAGGGAGACGAGCCAUUAGUUAUGCCUAAAAUUUCUGCUAAUCCAAAUAAAACAUCUUUUGUUUGGCCGGAAAAAAUACGACAUAGAUUAAAUUUUUUUAAGACGAAUUUAUCAAAUGAACUAUUAUUUGAAACAAGCUUAUCGCACUUUCAGCCAUCUUGUUCCGAGAGAAAAAUAUUUUUUUAUCCUACGUUAAGCACUUCUUUUUUUUCACCUAUUCUUUAUAAUUUUUAUGAAAAAAGACAAGCAACAAGUGUUAAACGUAAACGACGACUUAAAAUGAAUAAACAUAAAUUUCGAAAACGUCGUGAUAGACAACGAGCUCUUCGUAAACGCCUUGGGAAAUAACUCAAAAGUACGUUAUAUUUUAAUCGUGUAUGUAAAGCAACG